CAGACCAUAUAUGGAUGUGUUUUGUACUCAUCUGUACUACAAGUGGAUUCCAUAUUAUUGAUAUCCUUGAUAUUCACCAGCGUAUUAAUAUCUUUGGAACAAACUCUACGCAUCUAAUGCCAGACUUCAGGCACAUCUCCGUGGAAGAGUUAAAUAUUGAAAGUAUGUCUGACGUAAAACAAUUUCGAAAACGCCCACCGAGACGCUUGUAUCAAAUGAAAAUUGAUAAUGAAACGUUCCUUCUGAAUUUACGGCCUAACACGGAUAUGUUCACGGACGAUUGCAUUAUACGUGAAAUCGAUGAAAAUGGCACCACAACAGUUCGGCCAUGCUCCGAUUAUAAUAUUGAUUGUUUCUACACCGGAAGUACAAAUGUCCAUAACGACUCCUGGGUGGCGGCUAAUGUAUGCGGUGGUUUAAGAGGACUGAUCAGUUAUGGAAACACAAGUUUGGUUAUACAUCCAUUUGUCAACGAGCGCAAUUCUUCCUAUGUUGCUAAUCAUAUCGUCUAUCGUUACCAGAGUGAAAAAUAUGUAUGCAAGACGGACGGGUCGCCUGUUUGGACACACGUGGUACUUCCGCCAAAGAAGAGAGAUGUGCCAAGAAGAUUUAUUGAAACUGGGGUAAUAGUUGAACCUACUAUGUACAAAUAUCAUCGUGACAAAAUAAUAAAUUACGUUUUCACCGGGUUCAAUAUUGCCUCGAAACUGUACGCUGAUCCAUCAAUAGGUACCGGCAUUGAGCUGUUUUUGAAGGAGUUGGUAAUAUUCAAGUCUAACAAUGGAUUUGAUGUGGAUAACUCAGCAAACGUUAGUAAAACGUUAGCCAGCAUGUGUAAAUUCCAAAGCAGGCAUCCAACCUUGCAAACCACAGAUAUUACUAUGAUGCUAACUAGGCUAGAUAUAGAAUACAGAGGCGUCCGCUCAACUACCGGUCUGGCUAAUUUGGGUGGUGCUUGUGAUAAAGCAAGAAAGUGUGGUAUCGUGAAAGACACGGGUCCAGUGUUUGGAAUCAAUUUAGCGCAUAAAAUUGGCCACUUGCUUGGUAUGAGCCAUGACGGCAGUGGGAACAAUACUUGUUCACCUCAUAUUAUGUCACCAAGCGGACAAAGUGGUAUAGAAGGAUUUACUUGGUCGGAUUGCAGUGCCUCACAACUGCACGAAGCACUUCCACGUUUAAGUUGUUUAAGGAACAAUCCAGGCAGACAUUCCGGAACAUUUAAACGAGACAACAAACUACCAGGCAUGAUAUAUACGGCAAAUGACCAAUGUCAGUUAUUGUUUGAUAAAAGCGCAAAAUCGAUAAUAUCAACAAGGGACCAUCCAUGUAAAAAUCUGUGUUGUCAUGUCAACGGUGCCGGUUCAUGUUCAUCUCAGCCCGUUAUGGAUGGCACUGACUGCAACAACACGAGAUCUUGGUGCUUCAGAGGGUCGUGUGCCCACAUGAAUGAAACGUUCAACACUGCACCAAUUGAUGGUGGUUGGUCAAAAUAUGAAGACAGCUUUACUUCAUGUACGGCAACAUGCGGAGGUGGUGUCAAACUUAAGUACCGAUAUUGUUAUAAUCCAGUGCCACAGUACGGUGGGCGGGAAUGUUCCGGUCCAAGCUUCAUUGCUAAAAUUUGCAACGUCGUUCCUUGUAAUUAUUCACCGGCAGUACAAGACUUAUGUCAGAAAUUUAACAAGGCACUUCCGUAUUCUGCCAAAGGGCAAUGGCACAUGGACCAAAACGAUCCUCAAAGGAUGGGUGAUGAAGGCUGUAAAUACGUUUGCAAAACGAAUAAUUCUGACAAACCAAAUUAUGCUGUAAAACUAACAUAUCCUGAUGGCCGGAUGUGUACCCACAUGAACCUUAACCCACUUAGUAGGUGCAUAUCAGGUGUCUGUAGAUCGUUUGGUUGCGAUGGUUUAUUGGGGUCAAAUUAUAGUUACGAUUCCUGUGGAGUGUGUAAUGGAAAUGGUAAGACCUGCCGUCAAGUAAUAUUUACUGUCGCACAUAAUCUUACAAGCUUCCAAAAUGGGUUUCAGGCAGUAACAAUUGUGCCACAGGGCAGCACCGACGUUGUGAUAGAACAAAAUAACACCGAUGUUUACCUUGGCAUCAAAGUUAAUAAUAUCACUUUGUUUGAUGUAGGAAACGCACAGAAUGAGACUUUAAUUGAUACACACGGAGUACGACUAAUAUACAUGUCAUAUCCUGAAUCCAUCAGAAUCAACGGACCCUUAUUGGACAAUUUCCUAAUAGUUGCACAGGCCAGGUCUUCAGCGAAUCAUAGCAGAGGCUUUUCUGUUAGCGUAAAUUUUCAUGUUACGGAUUAUGAUGUUAUUUCCAGAUACUACUGGGGCGAGCGCAAAAGCAUGUGUUCACGAUCUUGUGGUGGGGGUCUGCGCCCACACAACGUUACGUGCAUGGAUGGUUUUAUGUUUAAUAUUAAAGCGGAAGAUUACCUCUGUGACAUCCGCACAAAACCAAAUGAAGAACCUACCCCUUGAAAUGAGCACCCCUGUCCAUACAGAUGGUCAACUGGAAACUGGAGUGAAUGCUCGAUAACAUGUGGCCAUGGACUAAAGACGAGGGAUAUUAAUUGUUUGCAAUUCCGAGACGGAGUACAUUACGUU